GUAUUUCAAAGCUCUCUGGCUCCUGGGAAUGAGCAGUGCCCUCUCAUCCUGUAAAAAUUGUGGACAUCACACGCUGAUGUACAGACAUGGUGCCAGUGCCUCCCUUCUUUGGGGUCUUGGAAAACCUGGUGCCACAAUGGGAUCUAAGUAGCCUUGGAUCAAUACAGAUUCGUGUUUCUCACACCGAAGUUCAGGACUCUGGCAGCUCCAGGUCCCCUGAGGCCCUGCGGAAACAGUCACUUGAAGUGAGGUGGACCCUGGUGCUACUUGCAAUUCCUCCAAGAAUUCAACCCAGCCAGCAAGACGGAGGGCCUCCCAAAUGCUGCGAUCUGCUCCUUGCUGCUCUGCUGGGAUGUCACUGCCCCCUGUGCGUUCCUGUGGGUGAGGUCUUCUCCCAGAAGCGAGACAAUGAACAGGACCGAAGUGAAUUCAUUGGCCAGACCCUCAAACUGUUGGUGAAGAGGAACGUUUCCUUGGAAUUAAGCUGCCGCUAAGUAAAGGUCAAGGCACGGGGCAGCUGGAUGUCCGUGUGGAUCCUGCAAAUGGAGAGGCUCUGCUGUGGAAACAGAAUGGAACUUAACCUCAGCUAAAACAGUGGUGGAG